CUUCAUAUUCUAUAUUCUCCAGACACUACAAAUACAAUAUGGACUCAGCAAAGAAACAAGACAUCGGUAACCUUGCUGCUUCAAUUGAUUAUUUUACAAACAGUCUUUAUCAAGCUGUGGCUACAGGAACCAAUGAAAAUGUCUUCAUGUCACCAUUCAGUGUUGCUACUGUUUUAUCAAUGGUUUAUUUGGGAGCAAGACAAAACUCUGCCAAACAGUUUGAAAAUGUUUUGAAGAUAACUUCUAAUCCAGAUUCUGUAGCUUUGGCUUUUAAAGAAUAUUUUUCACUUUUGAAAAACUCAGAUAAACUUGUCACAUCCAAUUUAGUGAAUCGUUUGUGCACCAAUGAAAAAUUCCCUAUUUCUGAAGACUACAAGAACAACAUGGUAAAAUAUUUCUUUUCAGAUAUUGAAAAUGUAGACUUCAUAACAAAUGCUGAGAAGACAAGAAUUACUAUUAAUGACUGGGUAAAGAAUAACACAAAUAACAAAAUUACUGAUCUGUUACCAAGUGGAAGUUUGACACCUCAAUCGGUUCUAGUUCUUAUUAAUGCUGUGUAUUUUAAAGGAAUGUGGGCUGAAAAAUUCCCAGAACAUGCAACAAAAUCUAGAAAGUUUUAUUUAAGUUCUGACAAGACUGUAUCUCAUGAUUUUAUGUAUAAAUCUGAAGAUUUUAAUACCAAAAUAAGCGACAACUAUAAAGUGGUUGAGUUACCUUAUAUAGGAAAAGCAUUUAGUAUGUUUGUAAUUCUUCCCAAUGAAAUCAAUGGUCUUGCUGCUUUAGAGAAGGAGAUUAAUGCUCAAUUUCUCAAAGAUAUUAUAGACAGAAAAGGAUUUCAAAUGAUGCUUCUAGAAUUAAAUAUGCCAAAAUUUCGUUUAGAGAGUAGUUUUCAGUUGGGUGAUGUUUUGAAAAAGCUUGGACUCUCUGAUAUUUUUGAUCCUCAAAAAGCUGAUUUAUCUGGAAUGACUGGUGGUGAGAAGAAUAUUUAUGCCAGUGAAAUGUUUCAUAAAGCAUUUGUUGAUGUUAAUGAAGAAGGAACGGAAGCUGCUGCUGCAAGUGGAAUGGUGGUCUCAAAUUAUAUGUCGAGAAUUGGGAUGCAAUUGAUGUCAAUCACCCAUUCACGUUUUUAG